CGCCUCUCUGGGGUAGCUGUCAGUCGUCGUGGAUUCCAGAGGCUCGUCUCUAUAGCAACCCAUUCCUCCUCCUGAGCGUUGCUGCCAACUCACCCUCUCUGCUGCCACACGACGAGUCUCUCCUCACCUCCCACCCCCACCGGCCAAUCGCCCACCGCCUCUGAGACUGCGCUGGAAUGGACACCGAGUCGACCCACUCGGGCUACUCGUACUCCAGCCGCUCCGGGCGAUCAAACCGACAUGGGGAUCGAAGCCGUGAGCGGCACAAGGCCAGCAGCAGUAAAGACAGCAGCCGCUCAGAGAGAUCCGUCGUCAUCAACCCCCCCGACACACCAUCCCAGGAGUCUCCUGUUCACAACGGAGAGCCGCUGCCUGGAGAACCCACACCUGAUGCAGAUCACGGAGACGACGGCCAGGUAUUGAUGCAGCAGCUGGUGAAA